AUGGGUGAAUCUAAGCAAAUUUAUGAAGAUGUUGGCUUCCAGAAAAAUGAUAAUAAUGGAUCGCCACACAUCAAGAGGGAGAUCUUGAAAGGUGGAAGUGAAAGUUCUGAAUCCGAAUCCAUGGAAUCCGACUCAUCAGACUGGGCUGAAGAUACAUCGUCAUCACCAUCUUCAUCGCCUUCACACGGUCCUCUCUAUGAAUUAUCCGACCUCAUGACCUAUCUUCCUAUCAAGAGAGGUCUAUCGAAGUAUUACCAGGGUAAGUCACAGAGUUUUGCAUCUAUGGCAAGUGUGAUGAAUCUUGAAGACCUUGCAAAGAAAGGGAUUUCUUACGGCAAAAAGUUGAAAUCGUGUAAAAGCUAUGUAGGGAAUUUGAACGAUCGAAAAUAUGGUCCUAAGGCAAACAUAGCAAAGAAAGAGCUCUUCAAGAGGCACUUCAAUUAG